AAGCAUAAUGUUAAUUGAGCUAAUACACAUAAUAUUAAAUUGAUUCGUAAUGAUUAGUAUCCGGUAAAGUAAAUAUUAAUUGAAGUACAAAGUAUAAAAAUUAUUAGACUUCUUAUUCUUUUAUUCUUUAGUAUUUUAAUAUAACUGAAGUUGAACUUUAUUUUAACUACCUAGAAUGCAUUUAAUGCACAGGAACUUAAAACUUUUGUCACAAUGCCUAUUACCAAACACAGCUUUAUAUUCAAUGCGAUGUUACAUGACCAAGUCUUCUGGAACGGACCAAAUAGAUUACUUAAAUUCGGCACUUGAAGAUAAAGUAACAGAUUGGUCUGAUUUAAAAAGUAAAGUUCUUAAUAUACCAGGUAUCUUGAAUGAUAAAAAUGUGGAUGCUGUAAUACUUAAAACAAUGGUUAGAAGCAGAAAAAUAGACUUGGCAAUGUCAUAUUCUGAUUAUUUAAAGAGUUCUACAACAGUGUUAAGUUUAGGAGUUACCAAUGGUAUCCUUAGCUUGUAUUAUCAAAAAGCUAAAGUGAAUCCAUUGAUUGAAUCUGAAAAAGAAUUUAUUUUAAGAACUUAUGAAGAUCUUUAUGACAAGUACAAAGUUUUAGAUUAUUCUACCGCAGAUUCACUUUUACAUGCAUUAUGUGCUAUUGGUGAAUGGAAGAAAGCUUUAAAAGUCUUGGAUGACAUAAAAAUGAGUAGUACACCUAGUCAUUCAGCUUACAGCACAUUAAUAGGAACUCUAUUUAAAUGUAACAAAGAAAAGGAAGCAAUGAAUUUUAUACAGAGGAGUUUAGCUGAUUUAAGACCAUUACAACAUUAUGCUUACAAACAAUGGAUUGAAUAUUAUGAAAGAAAGUAUAAAACGAAAGGCACAAUUUUAAAACAUCUGGAUAAAAUUUGUUUCCAUAUUUCGGCAAAUUUUACUCUUAUUACAAAGGAGACUGCAGAUGAGAUACGAAAUAAAUAUGUUUCAUCGGGAUGGAAAGCAGAUUAUACAAAAAUAACACAGGAUAGUGGCCAGUGUGUAUCAUGUAACAGUUCAUUAGAUUGUCUUAAAAUAUCCAAUGAAGAGUUUAAGUUACUGCAAAAUGAUAUAAAGAAUAAACUCAUUGUUGGAUCAGAUUUAUUUCUCAAAACAUCACCAAAAGAAUUGAGUGCAUUUAUAAAGUUUGUUGAUGCAACUGCACCGUAUGACGUUGUUUUAGAUGCAUUGAACAUUGCUUAUGCAGUACGAAAUGGUUCCCAUAUACAGAAAAUGGCUCUAUUAAGAACGGUUGUUGAUUAUUUUGAUAGAAAAAACAAGAAAAUGUUGUUGUUGGGGCGUAAACAUAUGUUAAAGUGGCAUAGAAAGACAAUGGAAUAUCUGAUGGGUAAAACAUGCAGCUUUUUUACUGAGGAUAUUUCACAAGAUGAUCCAUUCUUCCUAACUGCAGCUAUUUUAAGCGGACCGAAUACAGACAUAGUGUCCAAAGACUUGUUGCGUGGACAUAGAUUUGUAUUGAAAGAUGAAAAGCUAAAGCAGAUAUUUCAAAAAUGGCAAUGGCAGCAUCAGUGGAAAGUCUUUACAGCUAGAAAUACUAUUAUAAAGCCCCCUCUACAAUUUACACCGUGUGCUCAGAAAAAUGACAAUGGCUGGCAUCUACCUUAUGAGAAAAUAAAUAACGAUGAGAAAGGAUUUUUACACGACGGAAUACCUGAUUAUGAUAGCUGGCUAUGUCUACGAUCAAAAGUUGCUAGAUAGUCAUGCAAUAAAUGUUAUACAGCAAUUAA